AUGUUGAAAGAGCCUAUUCUCGUUGUUCUAUUGGUUUUCGUUUGGACACAGGUAAGUAAUUCAUUUGGGAGCAUAUUAUACUAAACUUGACAAUCUCGUGAAACACGAUUUUGCUAGUUACUUUGAGACUUUACUAGCAUAUAUUAUCAUAUAUUGAGUAAGAAAUUGUCAAUUUAAGCUCACAAAAGCACAAACCACAACAUCGUACUGGGGCUUCGACAACGGGGAACAAACGACCACACAGAACUGGUGGGGCGAGAACGUAGACACAGGAGAAGUCGCCGAAGUUGUCAAUCCUGCACCAGACACAACACCUGGUACUCCCCCAUCUAGUCCUCAAGUAGCUGCAGCUGGAGUGGUACCAGUAGGGGCAGGAGAUGGUACUGAAACUACAGUAGCCCCAGCCGAUAGUCCUGCCGCAUACGGGGCAGCAGCUACACCAGAUGCUCCACCAGCUGAUGGGGCCAACUCUACAGCAUCAGCCAUCUCAAGUAACAUGCUUUGGAUCCCAGUAAUGGGCCUUAUCGUACUCAAUUAA